AGGAAAAACACUUUGAAGUUGGAAGGAACUUCUCUGUUUUCGGUGCUCAUGGAGGAGAGAAGUCAUUUCCUCUUGUCAAUCACGUUCUUGCUUGUGCUGCAGUACACUUCUCUAUAUAUGGCUAAAUUAACUCAAGGCACAGUAGGUGCAGCACAAAUAAACAUCACCACAGACCAGUCUGCUCUUCUUGCUCUCAAAUCCCAUAUCACUAGUGACCCUCACAACAUCUUGGUCAACUGGUCAACCACCACCUCCGUCUGCAACUGGGUUGGCAUUACUUGUGGUGCUCGCCACCUCAGAGUAGCAUCAUUGAAUCUCUCGUACAUGGGUUUCACUGGCACAAUUCCACCACACUUAGGCAACCUCUCAUUCCUUGUUGCACUAAGCUUCAACAAUAACAGCUUCCAUGGUACUUUGCCCUAUGAAUUGUCUUAUUUGCAUCGCCUGAAGUUGGUUAGCUUCGGAUACAACAACUUUGUGGGAUCCAUUCCAUCAUGGUUUGGGGCCUUCCCCAAACUUCAAGGCUUCUAUUUGUAUGGCAAUCAAUUUUCAGGUUCCAUACCCACGACUAUCUUCAACUUAUCUACAUUGCGAGUGAUUGUUUUGAGCGGUAAUCAACUAUCAGAAAUUCCAAAAGAGAUUGGCUUUUUACAUCAGCUGGAGGAGUUGUAUGUGCCAUUCAAUGCCCUAAAAGGCCCUGUUCCUGUGGCUGUUUUCAACAUGUCUUCUUUGACUACAUUGGCUCUAUAUACAAACAACUUGAGUGGUAGUCUUCCAGACAAUAUAUGCCAACAUCUUCCUAAUCUUCAAAUGGUUUCUUUGUCUAGAAACAAGUUUGAUGGUCCACUUCCAUCCAAAUUAUGGCAAUGCACAAAGCUUCUUAAUCUAUCAUUGGUGGAGAACAAUUUCAGUGGAAGCAUACCCAAAACUAUUGGGAAUUUAACAAUGCUGAAGGGGAUAUACCUUGACUCCAACAAUUUCAACGGUAUAUUUGUUGCAUUGCCUUGCCUUGAUCUAGAGAAGUUGUAUAUUGAGUUUAAUGCCCUAAAAGGCCAUGUUCCUAUGGUUGUUUUCAACAUGUCUUCUUUGACUACAUUGACUCUAUACGGAAAUAGCUUGAGUGGUGGUCUUCCAGACAAUAUAUGCCAGCAUCAUCCGAGUCUUGAGAAGGUUAAUUUGGGUGACAAUCAGUUUGCUGGUCCACUUCCAUCCAAAUUAUGGCAAUGCACAAAGCUUCUUAAUCUAUCAUUGGUGGAGAACAAUUUCAGUGGAAGCAUACCCAAAACUAUUGGGAAUUUAACAAUGCUGAAGGGGAUAUACCUUGACUCCAACAAUUUCAACGAAAUUCCAAAAGAGAUUGGCUUUUUACAUCAGCUGGAGGAGUUGUAUGUGCCAUUCAAUGCCCUAAAAGGCCCUGUUCCUGUGGCUGUUUUCAACAUGUCUUCUUUGACUACAUUGGCUCUAUAUACAAACAACUUGAGUGGUAGUCUUCCAGACAAUAUAUGCCAACAUCUUCCUAAUCUUCAAAUGGUUUCUUUGUCUAGAAACAAGUUUGAUGGUCCACUUCCAUCCAAAUUAUGGCAAUGCACAAAGCUUCUUAAUCUAUCAUUGGUGGAGAACAAUUUCAGUGGAAGCAUACCCAAAACUAUUGGGAAUUUAACAAUGCUGAAGGGGAUAUACCUUGACUCCAACAAUUUCAACGGUAUAUUUGUUGCAUUGCCUUGCCUUGAUGUGAUCCAGUUAUAUAUAAUAUGA